CCUUCACUAUGGAAACAAACAACGCUUGACUUGUAAUUUUUAUUUCAGUCACUUAGCUAAGCUAACUUCAUUAGCUUUUGGGGAGGAUUAAUCGUAUUUMAGCCCACAAUGAGUUGGAGAUACUACGAGACGCUUGAAAUAAACAGAAACGCAACAGAUGCAGAUAUCAAAAGAGCAUAUCGCCGUCUUGCGCUGAAGUUUCAUCCGAGCAAAAACCCAGAGCCUGGAAGUGUUGAGAGGUUCAUGGAGCUGGGUGAAGCCUAUGAYGUCCUCAGCGACACUCGAAAAAAGGCAACUUAUGAYAAAUUUGGUGAGGAGGGUCUGAAAGGUGGCGUCCCGGCUGAGUUUGGUCAGAGUGGAGCUUGGACCUCAAAAUAUGCCUAUCAUGGGGAUCCAGACAAAACAUUCAGGUUGUUCUUUGGGGGUGACAACCCAUUUGCAGACAUUUCUACACUAGAAUUGCCACUUCUACUCAAACACGAGGCGGUGAAGACACAAGACGCUCCGAUAGAAAAAGAUCUUCAUUUGUCCCUGGAUGACCUCUUCUACGGAUGCCUGCAAAAGAUCAAGAUAUCUCGCAGGGUGAUGAAUGAAGAUGGACACACAUACAGCAUGAAGGACAAGAUCCUGUCGGUAGAAGUGCAGCCUGGAUGGAGAGAGGGCACAAGAAUCAUUUUCUCCAAAGAGGGAGAUCAAGGACCAAACCGCAUCCCUGCAGAUAUUGUGUUCAUAGUCCGACAGAAAAGUCAUCCGAUGUUCACGAGACGAGGCAACGACCUGAUCUACAAAACUAAGAUCUCUCUGGAGAAGGCACUAACCUGCUUCUCUGUGAAAGUCCCGACACUAGAUGGCAAGCUGCUCAACAUUCCUAUCAAUGACAUUGUGCACCCUGCGUACGAGAAAGUGGUGACUGGRGAAGGCAUGCCGCUGCCACAGGAUCCAUCCCAGAGAGGAAACCUCAUCAUGGCGUUUGACAUUCAGUUUCCURKGUCACUMUCCUCUGCCAGCAAGCKUCUGAUCAAACAAGCUCUAGGGGCCAGUAUCUAAGAUGAUCUGGCGGCUGGUGAGAACGCAGUGAGGAAGAGAAGUGGAGGAAGAGAUCGGCCUCUUUAAAUACAGCUGUGACGUGUUUUAUAAUGACACAACGUGUUACUGCGGAGCCUCMGCCUAACAGGAUGGAGCACAGUGAACAAACAGUGUGCAUGCUUUCCCACUGCCUUUUUAUCUUUUACUUUACUGAUUGGUUUCAACAUGAAAUGAAAAAAACUGUAAUUUUCUUCUGUGAAAGUAAAAUAUUCUGUCUGCUAUUUCUCUCCUUUUUCUAACCUAUCGACUGAGUCGGUCACUUCUUCAAAAAUCUGUAAUGCAUUAUCAGGUAAACGCUGACUCAUGCUGAACAAACAAAAAAAAAGAAGAAAAAA